GGGGAAGGGGAAGGAAGAGGAGGGACAGAGCUCGCCCGAGUGGUGCUCGGCCGAGUCCUCUGCAGAGCUGGAGGCUGGAGUGGAGACCAAAGCCACCCUGUGUCCCUGGGGGCCGGUGGCCUCGCCGAGCAGGUCCUCGAGGGAGCUAAUCGCUGCAGGACUUGGGAGCUGAGCAGCUGCAGCCAAGCCGAGAAGCACCUCUGUGCAGAAAAGCAACCGCUCUGCUUUCCAUUCCGCUGCCUGGGGCGACCACAUCCUCCUCACAGACUCCGCGGGCUCCCAUGGAGAGCUCAGAUGUGGAGCUGGAUCUGCAGAGGAGCGUACAAGCUGUGCUCCGGGAGCUCAGCGCCCAGGUCCCCGCCCUGCAGAGCAACCAAGCAGGCAUGUGGAGGUGGUCCCUGCACAAGAAGCUCGAGCGAGAUCCUGCUAGGAGUCCCACGCUGGUUCGCAUUCUGCUCAGGGAACUGGAAAAGGCAGAGAGCGAGGACCUGCGGCACGUCAUCAUUCCCUUGCUGCACACCCUCAUGUACGUGCUCACGAAGGCCACGGGCAUCCCCGAGGAGCUGUACCGCAGGACCUACGCCUUCUGCACCAGGCUCCUGACCCUGCCCGCGCCCUACUGCACAGUUGCCUUGGACUGCGCCAUCAGGCUCAAGACCGAGGCGGCCGUGCCCGGGACGCUAUACCAGAGGACUGUCAUCGCUGAACAGAACCUGAUGAGCGAGCUGUAUCCCUACCAAGAGAGAGUGUUCCUCUUCGUGGAUCCGGAGCUGGUGUCUGCAUCUGUGUGCACGGCUCUGCUGCUGGAGAUCCAGGCGGCCCAGGGGCAGCAGACGCCCGAGGCCUGCAUGCGCCACGUGGUCUCCCACGCCCUGCAGGCGGCUCUGGGGGAGGCCUGCCACGUGGGCGCACUGCACCAGAAGCUGCAGGCCAGCCCCCGCCGCACCCUGGAGCGCUAUUUCCACGCCGUGGUGGCAGCCGUGGAGCAGGUGGCAAGCGAGGGCAGCCCGAGCCGCGCCGGACACCUGGAGCGGCUGGAGGAGAUUUACUGCUCGCUGCUGGGCCCGGCAGCCGCCGCCAGGGGGCAUCGCGCAGGUGACCCCACCCAGGACCGGCCACCAAGCACCCCCCUGCCCAGCCCCUACAUCACUUUCCACCUGUGGACGGACGAGGAGCAGCUCUGGAAGGAGCUGCUGCUCUUCCUCCGCCCACAGUCCCAGCCACGCCUCAGCGCUGACCUGGAGGCCUUGGAUCUGCAGGGCUUCCGGCCAGACCGGGACAUGGCCCGAGUGUCCGUGCUGUCCACGGACAGCGGCAUCGAGCGUGACCUUCCUCUGGGGCCCGAGGAGCUGCCGGCGCCCGGCAGCCCAGAGCUGGAGCGUGUGGGGCUGCAGCGCAAAGGGGGCGUCAAGAAGCGGGCGUGGCCUCCGGACCUCCUGAUGCCUGCUGGCUGGGCCGGGCCCUCAGGGCUGCACCGCAGGACGGGCAGGCCCGGCAGUGAUGGGGAGCUACUGCCCGGUGUCUCCCGGCUGCACACGGCCCGCGUGCUGGUGCUGGGUGAUGACAGGAUGCUGGGACGCCUGGCCCAGGCCUACCACAGACUCAGGAAACGGGAGACCCAGAAGUUCUGCCUCACCCCCAGGCUCAGCCUGCAGCUCUACUACAUCCCCGUGCUGGGGCCACAGCAGUCCACUACGUCCGGGCAGCUGGAGCUGGGGGAGCUGGCGGAGCUGGCCGUGUUCCUGGGCCGCGCAGACCCCUGGUACGAGAGCACGGUGAACACCCUGUGUGCCGCCAUCCACAAGCUGGCUGAGAUGCCUCCCUCCCUGGACACUUCCCGGGCCGUGGACCCCUUCAUCCUGGAUGGUAUCACCUACUACGUCCGCAUGGGCACCCACCCCGUCUACUUCCAGAUCUACAUGGUCAAGAUCUUCUUCAGUGACCCCAGCCAAGACCCCGUGGAGGAUGUUUUUCUCACCGAGCUGAAGGCCAAGAUCCAAGACUCCAAGUCCCCCAAAGAUGGGUUUUCCCCUAGGAGGCGAGGUGUGGCCGAGAGCCUGGGGGCUGAGCUGUCCAUGUGCUACCAGAAGGCCUUGCUCAGCCACAGACCCCGGGAGGUCACUGUCUCCCUGCGGAGCACUGGGCUGGUCCUGAAGACCAUCCCGACUGGUGACACUGAAGUCGCAGGGACCCCGCUCUGCCCCGCUGCUGCUGCUCCGGUGACAGACCACACGUGUCUGCAUGUCAGUGUGACGGAGGUCAUCAAGUCCUCCAACCUGGCAGGAAGAUCCUUCUCCACAGUUACCAACACCUUCCGGACAGCCAACAUCCAGAUCCAGAGCCAGGACCAGAGGCCGCUGACCCUGACCCUGGACAAAGACAGUCGGCGCACAUUCAAGGACGUAAUCAGGUUCCAGGUCGCUCCCUGCCCAGAGCCGUCUUCCGAGACCCAGAAGUCCAAGCCAUCGUGGCUCAGUUCCCACGGGCAGCAGCCGAUGGAGACCACCAAAGCCCAGCCCAGACCCCUUCGCAUGCCCAUCAACACAUUCUCCGGCAUCAUCCAGUGAGCCCACCAAGGUGGCAGGAACCCCCGAGGAAGGAAACACUACCCCCAUCAACCUGAAACACAGUGGGCCACAGCAAAUGCCCAGGAGCCCAGGGAGCCUGCCGUGGGCUUGGUGCCCCCAGUCCUCCCACCCACCCCAGGAAACCAAGGCUAGAGCUGCCGACGUGGCCAGAGCCCUGUGGUCACCCUGGGGGUGGAGGCAAGGGGCGGUGGAUGAAGAGAACUGAAACCAGCUCCUCCCUUGUCUGCCCCCUUCCCACACUCGGCCACUGCCCACCUUACCCCUCCAGGGCAGGGGUCUCUCCCAGAUCCAAUAAAUGCACACUAAAAUUUUUCUGCUUUCCCAAGCACCCAGCACCAUGCGUAUUUGCAUAGACAUCGGGAGCAGUGCUUCCAGAACCCAGUGGCUGCAGUUAGGUAAGGGUUUCGGGGAGCACUAGGUGGUAUCCUCUGGCCCCCUGCCCCCUUCCUCUCCUCAUUCUUACAAACCGAGGGUCUCUCCUGACCACCACUGUCCCCACAUGGAGGGGAGGAUGCUAGGUAAUUGCAAGUGGUGGAAGACAUGAAAAUUCUUGACUUUAAAGUUCAAAAACUCAACACCCAGGUAUAAAAGCAGGACAGAUCAAUGGCACAACUCCUCUUCUCGCUGCCAGGGCCAGGAAGGGGGUGGGGGAGACAGUAACAGAGGCCUUAAACACUUGAACUUGAGUCACCUGGACGGAGCCCCAGGAGGUGGCAGAGGUGCGGAUGGGAGUUGUGGAAGAGAUCCAAGAGCAGACAGCUGGAUACCUCACUUUGGGCCUUCUGUUCCCAGGAGUGGGCACAAGUCCAGGGCACAUUCCCAGCACACAGGAGAGUGCAAGAGAGAGAUCCUGUGCCCCUAGGGCUCACGGGAAGCAGGCUAAGUUUUUCCCCCAGUAGCUAAAAGCAGACAGGCCCAGAGGCCUCCGAGGGAAAGGGGUAUAGCUGUGGGCACCUCGACCAGACACCAGCUUGGCAUAAUGCCUGCCUCCCAGUGGAGAGGAGCCCAGGGCUGACCAAGCCCAAGAGGUGGUUGGAGGUGUUGCACCCCCCCCCAGAGCUGCCUGCUGCCGGCCCCCCAGGGAGGAGAGAAGCCAGGGAUGGUCUUCCGGGUGACGGAGGUGGUGCAAGGGCUCUGGAUUUGAGUGAGUUUUCCUAGAAGAGGCUUAGAUUUUCUUCUUUCUGCCUUCGAGGGCAGGCACGCUGACCCACAUCCGCCGAGCAUUUUACAGCCAUCAUGUUGUUAAGGAAACAGCAGAGUUUACCAGUUGUUAAGGUUAGGUGAGGGCUCUGAGCCCAACCACCCCUCUGGGGGCUGACAAGGAAAACAAGUUGCAGACCACAUUCUACAAUACACACACACACACACACACACGUUGGCCAGUGGCUCCCACCCCAGCCAAAGCAGGUGCUCUGAGCAAACCCUGCAUGAAGAUACCUAUUGAAUCUGUAGCUGGACACUGGACCAUUUUGGAGCAAAGCCUACAGCAGAUUACAAAGGGCUGGACUGCAGCAAAGUCUGGACUCUCAAACUCUGAAACCCUGGUCAAGCGAGACAGGAGAUACUUCCCAAAAAGCUCUACCCAGGCCACGGUGACUUGGACAUGACUCAUUUUUCCAGCGAGGAACGAUUUCUGAUAUCUAUCAUGGUAACCAAUGAAGCCGUUUCUGUUGACCUAACAUUGUUGACGUGCUUAGAUGAAAGGGUGAUUUAUUUUACUUGAAAGGCAGAGUGAGAGAGAGCUCUUCCAUCUACUGGUUCACUCCCCCAAAAUGACCCCCAACAGCCAGGGCUGAUGCCACAGCCUGGAACUCCAGGGCCCAAGCAUCUUCCACUGCUUUCCCAGGCACAUCCGCAGGGGAG